CAAUAUUAAAGAAGCCAAGAAGUCAUAGGUCGAAUUUUCCCUCUUUUCUCUUUUAAGCGUUAAAUUCCAUUGAAGGAAAAAGAAUCUUUCAGUCGUCUUAAUUCCCCGAAAAGGUGCGAUUUCAUUUUUUUUACAGAUUCACGUUGAACUACUCGAAAAAUCAAUUUUCUUCAUCGGCAGACAACCUAAAGAAAUGCGAAGUAGCUUUGUUUAGUUUUAUGGGUUUAGGAUUUGAAAUUGUACGUUUAGAAACUCAGAGAAUAACUUUUCUGAAUUUCCAAAAGCAUAUAUACGUGAUCAGGAAUAUAGAAGUAAAUUUCUAAUAAUUUUAAUUUAAGACUCGGAAUAUUCUUACGUUUGCAUCAGAUGAUAGAAACAAUGGAUUAAAAUACAGACACCCUUUCGUUUUCCUCUUUCCAACUAUGCUUGUUACACCGUAUGCUUACUAAGCAUUUGCACACGAAAAUAAGUCUUUUCAAAUGAAAAAGAUGAACUCUCUAACCAUAAUUGAUUUUUUUUGAAGAUGGGUGGAACUCGUCAAGAUUAAUUGAUUCUGAUAUGCAAAGGUUAUCCCAAUCUUAUAUUUGAUAUUUUAAGCAAGAACUAUUGAAAAUGAUCUUUUGUUUCAGUUCUAGGUAAAUUCUUUCGGUACUAAGCUUUCUACAGCUGUCGUUUUCGUGCCCUUUUACCCAACCCGUACGUACCAUGCACAUCUGAUCGAAAGGAAGCUUUGCUUACAAGCAAGGGAAUUUUUGUUAACGAAUAAGAAACCUAAAUAUCCCAAUUUCUAUACUCUUUAAUUCGCAGGACUAAAACUCAAUUCUUCUUUCACCACUCGUCAGCAAGAAAGAACUUAUUUCCUACAUUUACAACUCCAUUGAGACCGGUUUGGGAAUUUUAGUAGCUUGGUACCUUCAUUUAGAUUGUGAAAGCAAACAAAUCGAUAAACAUGCUUCAUACGAAACCUGCUUCCAAAGCCGUGUACAUAUGGUAUAUCCUUGAUGUGACUAGUCUAUCUAUGGUAAAUGUAGCUUGUUUGCAACUCAUACAAAUGCUACUAGCAUCUCAUUAUCAUGUGCCUAUGGAAGAGGUUCGAGAAAAGCUCGUAGUAGUGACCACCUUUGCCAGCAUCCUUCAAUAUAUGGCAGCUACUCUCGUUGUCCCCAUUUAUUCGCUUGUUAUUAAGCGAUUUUCGCCAUGGGUUAUCAUUUUCUUUACUUGGCUUGGAGAACAGUAUAUGCUUGUUUUGUCAAUUCUUGCUUUUUUGUACCCCGCAAAUGCUUCUCAAAUCGUCCAUUUCAUCGUUUACUCAAUUUCCUUACUACAGGGAUUAUCAGGAGCUGGUCCUUCCAUUCAUGCCGGUUGGAAAGCUAUAGCCCAUGCCUCGUAUAUCGAUGAACCAUUUGUCCUUUUUAUUACUUCUAUUCCGAUAUUUUCUUUUUUUUUAGGUCCUUUUUUCGCAAGUUAUUUGCUCUUUCACAUAUCUCUCUUUCAGCUAUACCUAGUGGCCUGGCUGUUGCAUUUUGUCAGCGGGGUUGCCUUUUCAUUGAUUUUCUAUCAUUCUCCUACUUAUUCUGCUUCCUCUUUAGAAACUCAACCUCUCUUUGCUUCUUUUGAGGUUGCCGAAGAAGUAAACUGUCCCGGGUCAUUUCCCUCCGAAGACCAAGUUCACAGGCAACACCUCAGUCUUCACCUAAUUUCCAGUUUAUACAAAAAGUAUAUUAAGAAUAUUAAUGAUGUACUAUUUAACUCCUACUUUUUCCAAUUGACCCCUACCUGUCGCUGGUUGUUAAUGUCCUUCGUUUUUUACAUGCCUUCUUCGGUUUUUUUCAACUACUACGUUCAAUAUUUGCUUAACGUUACCAAAUUUCCCUUGGAAAAAGUCACAUUUAUUAGUUCAUUGCAAACAUUUGGCUCUUUGGUGACUUGCUCUAUCUUGACAUAUUUGUCUGCUUUUGAUCAUUUGACAAUCCAAACAUUUCACUAUAUCUUAAUUGGAGGCACACUUACCCUCUCAAUACUAACUAUGGCAUAUUACACGGCUUUAAAUUCUUUUAUUCCUUUCCUAGCAUUCUUCCAUGGAAUGUCUCGUUCCAUGGAGCCAAUUUUUCAUUCCCUGCUGACCAUUCACGCUCCUUUGAGUUCUUUACAGGCUUAUUGGAGAAUAUCUGCCAUCUUUGAAGCUUUUGCUACUUGUUUCUCCUACAUAUGUUUAGCUUACUUUUAUCUACAAGGCACAGAAAGGAGACAUUUACUGUUUUUCCUCGGUCCUGCUCUUCUCACUCUUCUUUCUUGUUUUAGUUCUCUUUUAUUUCAUAGAUAUUCAUCUUAAUCAUGCACUCUGAGCAGAUGAACUGCUGAAGAGUAAGACUUUCUCAGGUUGAUGAUAUUUGUAUUUAUUUAUUUUACUAGUUGUUUGAGGACACUAUGAAGGAUUCUAGAUACGCAAUAUUUAUUAUUGUUUACUAAAUAUUCUCUAUUCUUUUAGAAAGAAAAAAAGAUAUUUGCUUGUAGAAAGAGUCGUGAAACUAACGUUUUAGCAGUCAGCAAGACGGUCAUUUUCAGUCAGUCAAUUUUCUUUUCCUUCUUUCGGUAUUUCAUACAUGUUCUCCAAUGAUAUUUUAUUCUAGUAACAAUAUUCAAAACAAG